UAUGAUAGCAGAUGACAAGCGAAAAUAGCGAUCUAGUUUUUAAAAUAAAAAGAAAUUAUUCACAGCCAAUAUCGUUCCUGAAAUAAAACCAUUUAGAAAUGGGUUGUCCAAUGGCUUUUGGGGAACUAAAUAUUCCGUCUUCACGUGCCUUCUGGGAUGAUUGUGACGAAGACGAGCCAGUCCAAAGGGAUACGGAAACAAAAAAACUCGAAUUACUGUACGAACCAAAUGAAGCCCAAACGCCUUUACCCAGUAAGAUAUUUCUGUUAAUUGAGGGUAAGGACGUGUCAGAAUUUGUGGAAGCGGCAUUGUUAGGAGGAGCUCGGAAUAUAUGCAAAUUGCCAUCACCUAAGUCAUCUUUGCAUUAUGUGCAGGACAAGGAACUUUUGAUCGCGCAGUUGCAUGAAGAUCUAACAAAUAGUGGUGAAUUGACAGAGUUAUUACUUCCGUAUGCGAAAGAGGCGGAAAAAGUUAUUACAUUGACUGUAAAAUCCAAAAUAGAGUAUCAGAGUGAAAAUUUGAAAUGUGUACGUGAUGAUAUUACCUUCAUAAGGGGCAUUAAUUCCAAAUCGCCCCAAGUCGAAGAGCUUGAACCACCUAAUUUCAUAGUGGGUGUGGCAGCUGGAAUUGCUUGUUGGAGGCACAACGCGAAUUUACCUACGUCGGCCUAUGUUGCCUAUACUGACAAUGUCUCGUUGGAUGCAUUGGCUGCUAAGCCUAUAAUAAAACUGCUACAAGAAUUGGGAAUAGAUUGUAAGGACAGUUACAAGCCUAUUUAUAGAGAAGCGUCCCACCUAUAUAUGUAAGAUUUUGUAAAGGUGUUAAUAUAUAUUUAUAUAUAUAUUAUAUUUUUAUAUA